AUGGCCUUCUUUGGCUUCAGUCAGCCGAAUGACCCUUUCGCUGGUCUCUCUGGCAGACCCGAUGGCGAUGACGAUGCAUUGAACUUUGAGGAUACAUAUGACGGCUUAGGCGAUCAGCUUGACGAAACAGAUGACGCCUUCAACGAUGACACUUUCGGAUCGGCUCCUGCCACGCAGCAGAAUAUUGGGAAGGACUUUGAUUUCUCUGGGCAAACCGCAAAAAUCUCAACAACCUUACAAGAGGAGCAAAUGUUGUACACAGCUAGACAACCCCCACCUAAGGCGAAGCCAACAGUCGCUUCUAAAGGCCCUUCGCGAACUGGCUAUGAACGAUAUGUCGACCCCGGAUACAUCCCUGCCCUUGAAGCAAACGCUAGCAUCUGGGGGGUAGGCCCAAAAAAGCCAGAGGCUACUGUUCAGGAAAGGCCUGAUCAAUCCGCUGGUGCACAUGGGUCUUCAAGGAAGAUGAUGAGCUUAGAAGAGGUGGAGGCUGCCAUGCGUUCCCAAAGCAAGAAACCCGUCUCAUUGCCCGACGCUCAAGUCUCCGGAUCCAGCUCUCAGAUGUAUGAGCAGCAAUGGCACCAGCAGAUCCCAACGCCUCAACAGCAACUCGGAGUGGGCGAGCCUGCACAGAUACUUCAACGUCCGCAUCCACCAAACGUACCUAUGCACCCUCAAUUCCAUCAGUCUCUCCCGCAACAUGGCCAACCCGAGUUUGCAGCACGCUCACAGCCAUCCCCUCAGACUCAGAUUCUGCAACGACAGAAGCCAGUUGCUCAGGAUAAUUUCAAUAGAGUACCAGCACCACCACACACGAUUACAAGAGCACAACCCCAAUCCGUACAACAACAGCCGCAGCCUCGUCAAAUCCUGCAGAAUCCUCAGAGGCUGUCCGGUCAGGGUCAACCAUUAUCUCAACAUGGCCAUGGGUUCCGACAAGCCGAGAUGCACAGAGCCCCUCCAACAGGCCCCUCUCACGGCAGAGUUCCAUCCCAUCACGCCGUUGUCACCCAUCCUGAACAGCUUCUUCAGCUCUCUGAAGAAGAUAGAGCCGCGUUCCUUGUCGAAGACGCAAAAAGAGCCAAAAGGAACCACAAGAUUCUCAUGUUGUCACGAGACAAUGGACUCAUGACGCCCCAGGACAAGAAUUUUAUUACGCGUAUACAACUACAACAAUUAGUCACGGCCACUGGCGGUGUCGAUGAUCAGGGUCCCGAAGCUGCUUUGGCUGAAGACUUCUACUAUCAGGUCUACAGUCAAAUCCGUGGAGCGCCACGCCAGAAUCCUCAUCAACCUGCAAGUCAGUUCGCGCAAACUUAUCUCUUUCAAACUGGUGGUAGGUACGGGCCCCAGGGUCGAAGACACCCACGUGGAGGGGACAACCACAUUCAACGCAUGGAACAACAAGUUCAACGAGCUGUCGAGGCUGCAAAAGCGAAGCCCAAGAAUAAACAGCUGGUAAUAGAGGGCAGUCUUGGGAAGAUCUCGUUCAGUAACUCCAAGACACCCAAGCCAUUACUUAACAUCAAGCGGCCUGACACGAGCGAUAUGCGUCAACAAUUGACAGGUAGACAAGCAAGUCGACCCGAGAAUUCGCCUAUCGCAGACAGGCGACAAGUUCUGCGUAACAUUGAAGGGGUCUACGCCACUCUGAUGCGACUCGAGGAUCAUGAAAGGCAUUCUCCGCCGCACCUUAAUGAUAGUAGCGAUCCCUCCACUAUCCAAGAGCACAAAGAUUGGCAGCAGCGACUUCAGAGUCUGAAUCAGAGUUUAUGGCACCAGCUCAAGGUUAUGGAGCCCAUCAAUCCUAAUUCCCCGACGGCCCAUCCUUUCGUCGCCAUGCUGUCUCAUCCGAAGGGCAAGAAAGCUAUACCUCGAGUUUUCAGGCAUAUCGACAAUCAACAGCGCCUCACCAUACUCACUAUGAUCGUCGUUCAUAUGGACUCGCUCGAUGUGAUCGCCCAGGCCGUUCCCAUUACGGAGGAGCCCGCUAGCCUUUCACGUAUGGUCAAAGAAGAAGUUGAACUGUUCGCACAAACGGUCAUACCCUCUGUCUUUGGACAUAUCAAUGAAUCACCUCUGGGAAUAAUAACUGGCCUCCUAGGACUGGUGCUAGAACGCACGAACAUACCUCUUGUGGCUCGAACGAAGAUAGGUCUUUCAUUAUUGACUAUCCUCAUCUCGAGAGCGGAGCUCUUAAAGCAGUCAAAUCCAGAAAUUGACCCUGCAGAGUGGAAACAAUGGAUGGUGGACUAUGACAGCUUAUUCGAUACAUUGGAACCAUACUUGUCAUUGCUGUUCACAACUGCAAUCAAUGAUGCAGAAGACGUGUAUGUGUGGCAGUUCUUGGCUGCUAUGGGCGUCGGCGCGAGCCCUGAGCAACAGCAACGCCUGGUUAUUGGCGUGAAAGAUCGUGUUAUGGAGACAGUCAAGGUCAGCAGGGCGCUUCCCCAGGAGAUGGCAAGCGUCCGUCUUGGUCACGUUAACUUGUUCAUGAGAGCAAUUGGUCUAGACGUUGACUUGCUCGGUUAA